AUGAAAUUUUCUUCCUUUGCCCCAGUUUUUGCUCUUUUCGCUGUAGCCCAAGCGGCUGUUCUGCCAAAAGGACUUUUGGCAGAGUCAGCUUCUGAACCGGGUAUUUUGUCUCAGCGAGACGACUCGCCUAAUAUCUACGAGAAAAAUGUCGCAAAAGGCCGUGGUUAUUGGGAUCAGCUGCAAACCAACCUACAAAACGCUGAUGCUACUGAUGUUGCCGCGAUCGACUUCAACGCAAAAUGGGAGGCCCGUUCACCUAGUAUCGGCUCCGCGUCCGAAGCUGCGCAAUUCGCUAUGCAGAAAGCUGGACUCAAUACUAGGCAGCAAUUUCUCUCCGUGACAGCAAGUCUUAAGACAAAUCGUUAUAUCUAUUAUACGGACGCUAUGUCACCCUCAAUCGGCACCAUAAUCGCAAAGAACAACUAUGGACGGGCAGUCGAUCCACACACCGGGGUCGUAACGAAUGCGCCAGACAAAUGGUCUGCCGUGACAUGGCAUCUUUGGCAGCAGGCUUGUAAGCAAGCUAAUAAUAAAGACCCAUCCGGGCUUGAUUACGUUUUCCAAGACCAUAUCAUCAACGAGCAAACAAUCAAGGCCCUGGAUGAUGCAAUGGCCGUCGCAGAAAGCAAGAAAACCGACAAUCAGGGAGAACCGGUAGUCACGACAUGGACGCCAGAUGACGAUCAGUUUUAUGCUGCACUCGCAACACCGAAUGCCGUUGGAGUCGCAUAUCUUCUAAAAGAUUAUCCUGUCGGGUUAGGUUGGAAGACUAUUGAGAGUAUUUCAGUGUUCUGGCUUCACGGCUUCAAGGAGCCCAAUAUGUGGUUCAAACUAAAACCUUUCUGUGGUUGA